AUGGCAUCCGCAGCGGAGAUCCUACGUCUGCCUCCCGAGCUGGUGCUUCGAGUGUCCUCCUACCUCACCACUACUGAGCUGGGAUCGUUACGCGCGACAUGCAAACAGAUUGAAGCACACAUAUUCGACAGCUUUGCGAGAGAGUUCUUCACCAAACGCCAGUUCAUGAUCGAACAGGUCAGUCUGGAGGCGCUGGUUGGUAUUGCAAACCACAAGACGCUGGCUCCGUAUCUCCAAGAGGUGAUCAUUGGCCUCGAGGCCUUCGACGUCAGCGUCUCUGGCCACUCCAUCCGUCUCCGUCCGAACAACCAACGAGACAUGACCGGACUUGUCUGCGGCGAUGUGCUUCUCGCCACCGGGCACGCCAGAGAUCUGCUGAUCAACGCCUUUUCCAAACUUCCAAACCUGCGAAUCGUGGGACUGCGCGACUACGACGGCAAGGAUCGUCUGAGGGAUGGUGAACACGCUGUGUGGAGGAGCUACGGCUGGUCCCAUGGUCUUGUCAAGACCGACAUUCAUCAACUGGCUACAUUGCCAUCUUGCCACAUCAUGGCCUUUCAUGACGCCGACACCAUCUUUCCGACGAUACUGCACUCACUUGCCAAAGCAGGAUGUCGUCCGCUCAACAUCGAAGUCUUCCUGCGCCAGAGACGGCUGCAAGACAGAUCGUUCAACGUCCUGGCAUCGUACAUGCAGCCAAAAGUUCAGCCGCUACUGGCUGGUUUGCGAGUACUUCUCUUGAGCUUACACAUCCCUCGGAAUCACGAGAGCUAUCCCUACUUUCCAGCCUCUGCCACAGACGACGACCGCAGUGCACCACAUGGCUUGCUUCGGCAUCUGCUACGCCAUACGCCUUCUCUCGAGCAUCUACGAUUGAACUUCCACUCGGACCAGUACAGUGGAGAUGAGUUCUUGUCGUGGCUGGGGGAACCGCCUCAGCCAUCAUCUACCAUCUCAAGCUCACUCCAUCUUCCUCGCCUGAACAAACUCGAGGUGGGUGUUGUCAAGGCCGAGCCCCAGACGCUUGCAAGACUCUUCACCAAAUUCCCACUGUCGUCUCUAUCACUCUUCAAGGUGUCUCUUCUGGCUCGGCACCCGCCGAAACCCGAUGCAGACGGAGACCUGUGGAAAGAACUCCUGCAUGAGCUGAGCAGAUCCCUCUGGAAACCACUCGACUUCAAAUCCCUAAUGAUUGGAUUUCCAUCUGAAAGACAGCAUACCACGAAUGCUCCUCAUUCUGCCCACUCGGAGUGGGUGAUGUUUGCGAACAAAGUAACGACAGAUCAGAAUGGAGAGAAACAUUUCGAAGAUUUCCAGUCCAAGGUGGAAUACCGUAAGCAUUUCGGGAGUGAUGUGCGUCUAUGGUUGAAGGACCUUGCUUCGCGAACGUGCUCCUACAAGGUACAUGUGCAGAAGCCCGAAGAGUCUGUGAGUGAAGACGGUUCGGAUUCGGAAGUGGGUAGCGGGGGUGAUGAAAGCGAUGAUGACACGGAAGUGGAUGGCGAGAUCGUGGUGAUUGAGGACGACGAUGACAACGACGAGGACAACGACAACGACCAAUGA